UAACUUUAUGUAGGAUCCAUAACUACAUACGAAAAACAUGGCGGGAGCUGAUAGAGAUCUAAUGAACGGGGAGGAUGAUCCCAAAUUUGUUUGGGAAAAGCAGCCAAAAACAUUACAUGAGAUAUUAAAAGAGGAUAGACUUCCGGUAGUGGUGAGGUUAAGUACAGACAACGUCUUAUCUUCUGGUAGCAGUUCAGCACGAGAUAUCCACAAGCCUCUUCUCCUGUACAAGGAAGUGAAAGGUCGAAAAAUCUACGGCAAAAACGUCACUUCCGUUGACGUAUUGACAGGUGCCGUCUGUCGAGAGGAUGGCCCAGUGGUAGUUAUCCCAGAAAAAUAUCCUGGAUGGUUCCGUCUUAUUGACGACCUGGAUAAACCAAUGACAACUGUCGCCAACGUUGCUCGAAUCAUGCCUAUCAGAUUCCUGUGUUGUAAACCUGUAUCCGGGUUCUUGAACAUCCAGAAAGGCAGCAAAAGUAAUCCAGAUGGAUUGUAUGAAAAACUUUCAAUUAACCCUGGUGUUUACAAUGUACUGAAUAUACACGAAGACUUUGUAAGAUAUAUUGAUAAAAAGAAGACAGUUAAAAUUCUAAUGCGAUGCUUGAAGUGUUCCGACAAUGAUGAAACGGAAUUCCUUCUCCCUUUCGAAUCCACCGGGUUUUUCUAUCUUAUUGAGUCACGGAAAACAACGUCCAAACGGCUUAAUGCGGAAAAGUGUGGCUAUGUUUAUUCUAUACACAGUAUGAUGGAAGCUGGAUUGUCGAAGGAUGUUAUACUGAGCCUAAUGCAUGGGAGGCCCCCCGCCACUCCAUGCGGAUUUACAAGUGUGCUUAAGAUAUGUGACAUUAUCAAGGACCAUACAAUAGUAGCAUCUACCCUCUCAAGUACUCCCAAGUUACUAGAACUUCCUAUUGGACCGACACCCAAAUUCGUCAAGGCAACAAACUUGGAGGAAAUACAAAAUCACCCCGUGUAUGAGAAAGUCCAGCAUCAUUUAGCUGAUAAUGCAGACUCUUACGCAAACGAGAUGAAAGUCCGACAUAACUACAAUAUUCAGUCCGCUAGAGAUGGCCCGGGUGUACCAAGACUUUCAGUGCCUCCGAAUGGCGCGAAAACACCGAAGCCAAAAACACCUAAAUCUUAGCCAACAGAAGUUUGUCCUGUUUUAAGUUGUUGACGCAAAAUUGACAUAC